UCCAUCUCAAUAACUGUUUUUCCCACUAUGGUAUUCACCGUGAAGCGAGGUUAUGUGAACCAAGUGCUUCAUUAUCCAUUUCUGACUAAUGUAGCCUCAACGUUGUCUUGCUGCAAAGAGAGCUAACGUUAACCAAGUGCGCUGUUCUAUUCCAUUAGACCAAAACCAGUGGACUAGUUAAAUGCAUGCUACGCCAUAAACGGUCAUUAACUAUCUAUUACUGCUAAAAAUGUCAGGGCAAUGCGGGUAUCGAGGUACAGUUGAACUGAGUGCAGGUACCAGGCGGUUCUACAUAUGGCCAACUAGCUAACCGGGCUGUUGCGACUACAGCGUCGUCCAUUGUCCAUUCACUCUCACUGCUAGCAUCGUAGCUACCAAGCUAGAACUGCUCAAUUUUCUCUCUUUGAGAUGUGGAAACAGUCAGACGUAGGCAUUUAACCACGUCACAGUUAGAAUGUUGAUGGUGUUCAUUCAUUAUUUAGUCGGCUAUCAUAUUCAACGAAGCAGGCUAACGUUAUUCCUGCUCCACCCGUCUCUGCCCAGCCGGUGAGCCUGCAAGCUGCCUCUGCAGUAAAACUAACCUGUCUUAUUUUUAUAAAACACAACACCGCAGACGCGCAGAGUACAAAGUAGCUGCAGAGCUAUGGACACGGAGGGGAGGAUGUCUUCACCACAGUACUACACCCAGGACAGUAUUACUCGCUUCAAGAAAAGAAAAGCCCGCUUCUCUUUCAGCGAAGUCCACAUACUGUUGGAUGAAGUGAGGAAGCAUCGGAUGGUUGUUGUGGGGAAAUUCAAUCGUGGUGUGCAAACAGACGUGAAGAAGCGCACAUGGGCAGAAAUCACUGCACGUGUCAAUGAGAUUGGGGAGUGCCAACGGGAGGUCAUCGAGGUCAUCAAGAAAUGGUCCGAUCUGAAGUGUGACACCAAGCGGAAAGUGGCUGCCAUGCGGUCAGGGACGGUGCCCAACAGGGGCCUCAACUCUCGUCUAUCACGAGACCUUAAUCAGACUGAGAAAAUAGUGCUCCAGAUUCUGGAGAUGGACAAAGAAGACCACAGCUCCGCUGACUUGGGCCCUCUGGGAGAUGACGACUAUGUGCCAGAUGAGGAAGAAGAAAUGGAUGAGGAAGAUAUGAUUGGAAUGCAGAGUUCUCCUAAUGGUGCAUUGGACGGAGCUAUGCCUCCAGCAACUAGGAACACUUCACAAUCUCCCUUUGAUUUGCAGUACGAGGUACCGGCAGCAGAAGAUGCUGAAGAGGCAUUCGGAGACUCUGAUGAGGAUGACCAAAGGGAUGAAGCGCUUCCUUCUCACCAGGCUGCCAAACCAACAGAGGAUUACCAAGGAAACAACGGCAUCCAGAAACACGGACAGCCGCAGACGUCCUCCGCCCCGUCGGCAUCGACGACCACGGCCCCAACGCCAGGUCGGCCCGCGCAGAGCACUCAGGACGGCAUUCUGCACAGUGCAUCGUUGAGCCUGCAGGAACAGCACGCCACCAACAUCCUGCUGGAGACGGUGUCGCGCUCCCUGGAGCUUCUGUCCGAGUCGGUGCAGCAGCUGGCAGAGACCCAGCAGGAGUUUGUGCGUGACACGCUGCAGCUCCAGCGGGAGACGGUGCAGGUUCUCAGAGACUUCACUGGCGGAGCCAUCGCGCUCAUGCACGACAAAUUGAACGGGCGCCCGGCGUUAUAGCGACACAGUCUCAGAUGGAGAUGCUGGGUGGUAGUUCCACCUCCUGGUGCAGGAACCUUUAGGGUCCAUGACCGUUGGACUCCACCGAUGGUUACUGUCUGUUUUUAAAGUGCCCAACAGAUUUUCAGUUCUAUUUCAAAACUGUUAGUGGAAACAUUGCAUCGAUGGGUUUACUUUUAGGCAACAGGACAACUGAUUGAGAAAGUAAUCAAUGUGAGCCAUGAGAACAGAACAUGUGGAGGUUUUGGGGGUUUUUUGCUACUGAAAUUGAGUCUCCUACCACUUAUGCUGUAUAGCAUUUUUUUCAUCAAGCACGCACCAUGGUUAAAACUUUUCCAUUCUUUUAACAUUGACAUACAAAGAAGUUUUCAUUUUUAAAAAGUCUGGUCUAAUCCCUCUGUGUCCUGGUAUCAGUUUGUGGUUGCAUCAGUGUGUAGAGAUGAUCUCAUGUACUACAAUGGUGAUUAUAUUCUGCACUUGGCCAUUAUAUGGUCCAUAUGUCUGAAAGCUAAACAAAGUGUUAGAUCUUCUUGAAAAUGCCUGUAACUGAAUACUUUUUUUUGUACAUUGCAAACAUGAACUUGAAUUAGCAUCUAUUCAAUACUUCCUUUUAAAUAUGAAAUAAACCCCUGAUGUAUUUAAACAUAA